AUGAUAGAGGAUUAUGUGAGGAAAGGUAUCUCAGAAUGCCAAUCUGAAGAUUGCGCUCUGCGUAGAAUCGAGAAGACAUUACGUUUUCUGGGAAAAACUCUCAGAGACUUUAAUCUGCCGGAGCCGACCUCAAGUUCGGGAGUCAACGUUACCAACACCAACGACGACGAUGAGACUUCGAGAACGGAGUCGUCAGAUUCAAGUCUUGGGAGUUUGAACCAGGAACAACGCAAUGUGUUCAACAAAAUCAUUUCUGCGGUCGAGUCAGCGGCGUUAGGUGUAGAUAGAUAUUUCUAUCUCCAAGGCAGUGGUGGUACGGGAAAGACUCAUCUGUACAACACGUUGCUGGAAUAUUGCGAGGAACGGCAUAUACCAACUCUUGCCGUAGCCUUUACUGGGAUAGCUGCGUUAUUGCUCAGAAACGGAAGAACGGUCCAUUCGACGUUCAGGUUGCCAUUACAUCUGAAUGCAUCUUCCCGCUCCUCUAUAACGGCACAAUCCCAGGAGGCUGACCACUUGAGAAAAAUUCGGCUUAUAAUUUGGGACGAAGUCUCUAUGGCUAGUUAA